AUGGUUGCUGAAGCAGAAAAAGGUGAAUUAUUUCUUUUGGACGAGGAGCUGGCUGCUGAAGAGUACAGAAAGGAAAACCCGCAGCCAAAUGACUCCUUAAGGGAGAUAUACGAUGAUGGCGUCCGUCUUUUCACCAAAGAGGGGAUCCAGGAUUUGGAAAGACAACUUGCCAAGGUACCGCAGCCGACUGCCUUUCGGUUGCGCUCACUCACAGGACGCAUGGUUACGUCUGACGAAAAGGGUGCAUUAGAUUCGCAACCCAUGUUUUGCGAACUUAUGAUAGGGUUUAAAAUGUAUCAAGACUUUUUCUGGAGCGCCAAGUCACAGAAUACGCUGCAGUAUGCCUGUCCACUGCAUGUCGCGGUCAUCGGCGGUCGGGAGCUCACAGCAGACAUAAACCCACAGCGACUGCAGAAAUUUUACCAAGAGCAGAAAAAAGGGUGGGACGCCAGCACGAAAUGCACCGAGCUGAAGCAGAAGCUCAUAGAAGCGCACAUCCCCCAGAAUAUAAACAAGAUCAUCUGUUUCGGUUUAGGCACCCUCACGAAUGACCUUGCCUGUGACGAGGUUAACCCAGAGGGUCAUGCUUUCAGGGCUACAACGCAACACGCUACAGCGGUGACAAUGGCAGAGAUCAUGAGGCAUAAGUUCGGACACGCAAUCAAGCUGUUGGCGCAGGAUCCGGCAUAUGACAGCUCAUCCAAGCACUGCAUCCAUCUUGGGCCAAUCAUGCGGGGCCCACCAACUGUCCUUGACGUUCCAGUUCGAGCGCAAACAUUCCACUGCCAUACGGACUGA